AUGAAGGGUUUACUGAUUACCAUAUUGAAGGAUAUUAAAGUUUUUUGGAAGACUUUCUUCAUCGUCAUCAUUCCAGUCGUCCUAUCUCCUUUGGUUAUCAUUUCAAAUACUGAUGAGGCCAAAUGUGGAUACGCCAUAAGCGUAAUGGCACUCUACUGGAUUCUGGAGCUAUUCCCACUUCCUGUAACGGCACUCAUUCCAGUUUUUUUCUUCCCAUUCCUUGGUCUCAUGGGUGCUUCUAAGGUUGCCAUGCUAUUCUUCCAGGAUACAACGAUGAUAUUUCUUGGGGGCUUCAUGAUAGCUCUAGCCAUAGAGCGAGUGAACUUGCACAACAGAAUUGGGACUGGCGUUUUGCUGGUCGUCGGUUCGACUCCCGCCAGGAUCCUGAUUGGCUUCCUGCUGCCAACCUGCUUCCUAUCGAUGUGGAUCAGCAACACGGCGACAACUUCGAUGAUGGUGCCGGCCGUUGAGGCAGUCAUCGAGCAGUACCGCAGAGGCGUCUCUGGAAACUUCGACGACGACGACGAAGACGAUGACGAUGGGGAAGUUACUUCAGGAGUAAGAAGAAGGAAACAAAGGGAGAGGGCAAAGAGUGACGUGGUUCACAGUGAUUGGGUGUGGAAGGAAUGGGGGGUUUGGGACGAAAGGAGUGCAGCGAAGACUGCCAGAGAGUGGAGUGAGAGUAAGACGAGGUCGAAAAGUUUCUCAGAUAUGGAUGAGUAUGAAAGACGGAAAGCGAGGAGAAAAAAUAAAAACAAGCAAAAUAUCUCUCUUGGUCUUACUACUAAUGUUGUUCUGUCUGCAAGUGCCGGUGUAGCCGAUGCAGCAGCCUCUAACGCUACUUACAUCACAAAUUUCACUACUGGAUCUUCAAAUGAAAAUAAAAAUUUCAAUCCGGGAAGUGAUAGCGUUAUAGAAAUUCAACCCAUUUCUGCCUCAAAGUCGCUAAAUGGACAAACAGUCACAACCUCAACCCCAUCUGCCAAAAUAUUCGAAAUACCGACUUCACCGAUCGAAGCGAAUAGACCGCCGACGAAUUCCCCCUCUCAGAAUACCGACACGAAUAUUCGACUAUCGAUAAUUGAAAAACCGAAACUGAAGAGAUCGAAUUCAACGAAGGAGGCUACUGAGAAGCAGACGAAAAAUUUUGCAAAGAUGCUGUGUAUAGCGAUUGCUUUUGGUUCGCUAGUUGGAGGUACAGGGACUUUAACUGGUUCUACUACAAAUUUGUUGGUUGCAGAAGAAAUUGGAACGCUGUACGAGUCACACGGUCUGAAGAAUCCCAUAUCAUACGCCAACUGGCUUCUAUUCGGUGUGCCGCACGUUUUGAUAAGUUUGCUGAUACUCUGGUUGAUACUUCAACUGUAUUUCAUUGGAUGGAGAUCAUUAAUCCCUGGCAAGUUAGCCAGAAAGAUCUGUCCAACUUGGGAGGAGAGGGAUUCAAAAAAUGAAGAGAACGCUGUGAGAGAGAUCCUGAAGGAAGAGUACGCGAAGCUAGGACCGCUAAAUUUCGGUGAAAUAACAGUCAUAAUGCUGAUGGUGUUGCUGGUCGUAUUGUGGAUAUUCAGGGAUCCAGGUUUCAUGCCCGGCUAUUCAAAGUUUUUUAAAGACGGUUAUCUAUCUGACUCCUUCCCGCCCAUGCUAAUUACGUUGUUGCUGUUCGUACUUCCUCUAGAGAAGCCGGAUUUCAUUUGUUGGAGGUCGGAUGGCAGUGAGGAAACCAAAAUAAGGCCUGCCAUUUUGAACUGGGAGACGGUGAGCGAGAAGUUGCCGUGGGGACCUAUAAUUUUGAUAGGGGGUGGUUUCGUCCUGGCCGAGGGCUGCGAGGUUUCAGGCCUAUCAAAGUUACUAGCCCACAAGUUGGAAGAAUUAUCUGGCCUAGACCCAUGGAUCAUGUCCUUCUUACUGACAGUCAUCGUGUCCUUCGUCACUGAAAUUAUGACCAACGUCACCGUAAUGGCGAUAUUCUCCCCGAUUUUCAUUGCGAUGGCUGAACAUUUCAACGUGAACCCCUUGUACUUCGUCUUCCCGUCCGGUGUAGCGGCUUCUUAUGCCUACAUGUUGCCGAUAGCAGCUCCAUCUAACGCCAUUGUAUUCGCCUACGGACACUUAACUGUCGUUGAUUUACUAAAAGUAGGCUUCGGACUUAAAGUAAUCAGUCUGCUGAUCCUGACGGCUCUUAUGAACACGCUGGGAGAUGUGAUUUUCGAUCUACAUAACCUACCAUGGAGUAACGGAACUAUUGGUGGCGACGAUUUUACUACUUCUGCCGCUGCUGCUGCUGCUGCUUCUGAUGCUUUUACUACUAUUUCAAUUAGAAUGUAG